AUGAUGCCCCCGCCGCGCUACUUCUCCGUCCGGGAGGAGUUCAAGCCCCAUCGGCAUCCGGGGUAUACACCUGCGCAGAUCGAGGAAAUCCAGGAUAGCCUCGUGGCGCGGGGCCUGCCGCUCGACAUCGCUCAGCGGUGCAUGGACUAUGGCGAGGUGUGGCUUGCGUGUGAACGCACAAACUCGCGGCGAGUGUGCGUGCGCUCGUCUGGCGCUGAGCCGCGCGGCCUGCGCGGACUAGCAUGGGGCACGGGACAGGAGGAUGAGAUGGACGCCGAAUACAUGCGGUUCCGCGAGGAGGAGACGGCAGCCCUGGCGCGGCGGAGACGAGAAGCACGGGAGCGCGCAAAGAAUGGCGAGCCGGAACCAGGAGCACGGGUUGAACUGCAGGUCGACGACAACGACGAUGGUCCCGUCAUACACCUGCAGCCCGGUACGACGACAACGGUCACGAUGAACGGAGAUGGCGCGCAGCAGUUCGAGUCGGUCGUGUCCGAGCGCAGCUUCGAAUCCGAAUGGGGCUUGCUCGACUCCCCAGGCAAUGUGUGGUACCUCGUCUCCAGCCCCGUCGGGUGCUCGACCAUUCCGCCACCACCGGCGAAGGAACAUGCGACGCCGCUCGCCGAGUCACCCGUGCUUGCCCCGCUGGCGUCUUCGCUCGCGCUCGGGGGCCUGACCUCUGUCCUCUUUUCGCGCAUCGGCGCCGCGAGCACCAUUAUCGCCGGUGGCGUGACGGCUGCCGCCGCGUACGCUUUCUCCAGCAUCGCCCGCACAGAGCGCAAGCGGAUGCACGAACACGAGCUUCGCACCAAUCGGGAGUACUGGACGCAGCACGCCGUCAUCUCGGCGAACGAGGAGGCUGAGGAGCACGCCAAGUGGAUGCUGGACAAGCGGCGCGGGGAGCGCUCUCGCAAUGGCAGCGACGAGACGCUAGGCUGGGAGCCGACCGAGGAGAAGAAGGCGAACCAGACCUGGGUGCGCCGGAUAGAGAUCACGACGUUCAGUAAGGACCAGGGCUGGGUCGACGACGAGAGCCUCUACGGCCAGUAUGAGGGUAGCUUCUCGUUCUUCGAGGUCUCGCUGCUGAGGAACGGGCGCGAGGUCCCAGGCAGUCGAUUCGAGAUCCAGCGGAAUGUCUGCGCCGGGCAGGUGCACCUGCAACAUGAUAUCAUCCUAGAUUUAGACCACCCACUCACGCGGAUGGCACAGAAGGGCGACCGCGUCGUGCUCUGGGCCAGAGCCAUGUAUCCUGGCUGGACGAACAACGUCCGUCGCGCGAGCGUCACGAUUUACUCUGCUCCGUUCCCACCUCAAUAG